GGAGGAGGAACCUCCCACAGUGCAAACUGCUGUCAGCCGGGAGCAGCAGGCCGUCAGUCCCAAGCCGAUUCCCCGCGGAGACACACACACCCGCUGACACACACACACACACACGCCGACAGUCUCCAGUUUCCCAGAAGAAAGAGGAGUUUCCAGCUUCCCUGAUCAAACUACAGCAGCUGCUAGAGACCAAGGCCGACGUCCUCCAGGCAGCGACCGCCGAGGACCAGCAGGCUGUGCUGUUCGGAGAAGGAGCAGCAGAAGAAGAACUGCGGAGGUUUGCCUUCCUGAGCCAGGAGUUGACGUUUCACCUGAAGCAGCUGCAGAAUCAGACACAGCAGGAGCUCGGCAGCGUCCGAACUCAGCUCUCUCAGAUCGAAGGCCGCCAGCAGCUGGUGAACACUGAGCUGCUUCACCUCCAGGAGAAGAAGAGAGCGACGGAGGAGGAGCUGAAGACGAGCCGCUGCCUCCAGACGUCCACUGCUCAGCUGAGUGCCUGCCGGGAGCUCCAGGCCUCCGUCGCCGACCGGCUGGUCCAGUCCCAGAGCCUGCUGUUCCAGGAGAACGCUCUGAGCGCGCUCCACCAGCUCCUCAGCCAAGACCUCCACCGGUACCAGGAGGAGAUCCAGAAACUGAGCCGCUUCACACAGAAGAUACCCAGGCCGGACGGAGAGGAACCCUUCACCAGCAGGCCGAGUGACCACAGCAUGCAAGAGAAGAACGAGGCGGAACAAGAGAACAACAUGGAGUCAGAGCUCGAUUCCAGCAAGCAGAUGGACAGUCCGUCCGAGGAGGAGCCGUCCACCCCCAAGGCCGGGCCCAGCACCCACAACCCCAAGUACCAGCUCUUCCUCAACAACGAGAUGAAGACCAACGGGCUGAGCGGCGGCAGCGACACCAACGGCCCCGGGGGCGGCGGGUCGGUGGCGGAGAACGGCACCAAGCGAUGGGAGAACAACCGACCGGGGGCCAACAGCUACAAGGGCUCCCUGGAGUCCCUGACCUCCAAAGACUGGGACACCAUGUCUGACAAGUUUACUUACGACAGCCCUCCCCGAGUGUUCAACAGCCCGUACGCCACAGCCACCUCCAUGGACUACAGUCCAAGGCACCGCAUGUCCGAGAUCAAGGUUCAAAGUGGACUUUCUCCUGCCACCUCGGAAAUGAACCUGUACUCCUUCAACAGCCGCAGUCCCAGUCCGGUGCCCAUUCCCACCACAACCCUGGGCAUCCCCACCCCCACCCUGGGCAGCGCACGCCCACGUUUCUCCGCCUACGACUCCCUCGUCAGGAGGAGGACUGAAAUCAACACUGUGCCUCAGGUGGUGACAAACCACUACACUUUGCGCACCAGUCCGAUGGGAGGGCCCAACAGGAAGGACUACAUCGAGGAGCUGACCAAGGAGCUGGACGCCUUGCAGAAGCGUAACCAGUUCCUGGAAGCUGAGAGUGUGGAGAUGGAGAAGGAAAGAAACCAGAUCAGGUUUGAGAUGCGAGGCCUGCUGGUGAACAACGAGGACCUGCUGAGGACCAACACUCAGCUGUCCAAUGAGAUGAAGAGGAUGAGAGAGCAGAUGAUCGAGAUGGACCGGGAGAACCGCGCCAUGGCCGAAAGAUGCAGGGAGAUGGAGAUUGAGGUUAAGGGAGCUCGCGACAUGAUGGUGGAAGUCAACACUCAGGAGUACGCCUUCAAUGUUCUCCAGCAGUCACUGCAGCACAAGAUCCAGGAUGCUGAGGAAAACCUGGAGAAGCAGACGCAGCACUCCAAGGCUCUGGCUGAGAAGCUGUGGCUGGCUGAGAGGCAGCUGGAGGAGCUGGAGGUGGACAAGGACACCAAGACCAAGAGGACAUCCGAGCUCCACAACGACAUUAUCAGACUGGAGACCGAGCUGAGCGACGCCAUGCAGGCGUCCCUGCAGUCCUCCACCGAGCUCAGCCUGCAGCAGAAGCUGCGCGCCGAUGCCCAGAUGAGAGUGGACGAGCUGGAGGAGACCCUGCUGGAGAAGGAGCAGGAGGUGCAGAAGCUGCAGGUCCUGGUGUCCAGGCUGCAGGGAGAGGUGUCCGGGAAGCUGAUCGAUAAGGAACGCACGCUGGAGGAGGAGAUCCAGCUGAGGGAGCGGCUGCAGCUGCAGGUCAAGCAGGCGGAGAGGACGGUGGACGACCUGACCAUGGAGCUGCACACCACCAACCAGGCCAAGGACGACCUGGCCAAGCAGCUCAAACUUUCUCAGGAGAAGAUUAUCGACAUGGAGACCGAGCUGGAGGAGCUGCACGACAGCGAGCAGAGGUGGGCCGCCAAGCAGAAGAGAGCCAUCGAACAGACGGAGCAGCUGCAGCUGAAGCUGAUCCAGGAGAAAGAUCUGAGCGACCAGCUGGAGCUCGAGAAGAUCUCCAUGGAGAGACAGCUGCGGGAGCUGCGUCUGGAGCUGGACGAGCUGCAGAGCUCCAGAGUUCAGGAGGACGUCAUCACCAGAGCGGAGAGCCGAGCCAAAGAGCUGGAGAACAGCCUGAGAACCGAGGAGAGGAACAAAAUAACCCUGACAAACACCAUCAGCAAACUGGAGAGAAGAAUCAACGAGCUGACCGAUCAGAUGGAGGAGGAACACCGGAUAGCUACAGAGCAGAAAGACCUGAUGACGCAGAGGAUCCGGUCCCUGAAGCGGCAGCUGAACGAGGCGGAGGAGGAGGCCAGCCGGAAGGAGGCGCAGUACCGUCACACCCACCGGGAGCUGACGGAGGAGAGGGAGAACAGCAGCCGGCUGCAGAGGCAGCUGCUGGACCAGCACCUGCAGAACAAGCGUGUGGACACCUUGUCCAUCCGUCAGACCCUGGACAACCUCCGUCUGGACCUGAGCGUCGACGACGAAGAGGAGGAGGAGCAGCAGCAGCAGCAGCAGCAGCAGCGGGUAGAGGCGGCGGCGGCGGCGGCGGAGGAGGAAGGCGCCGUCACCAAAGUCUGACUCUCCUCGCCGGAACGCACCUGUACAUACUUCAGCUAUUAAAGAAGACGACGCAGCAGGCGUCUUUCAGGGGGUUUUCUUUGUUUUUCACCUGCCACCAGUUGUUCGUUUAAGCUAGCUUAAAAAAAAAAAAAAGUGGAUCAUCGACCACGAAAUUGUCCAGAUGAACAAAAGCAGCGUUCCACCAGGAUUCAGAGCGUCACCUUUAUGAUUUCAGUCAUUUAAAGCCCAGAUCCUGUCCGUGGAGGUCGGCGGUUGCUAUGGCGAUCCCCACCAAUCGAGUCAGGAAGUUGACGGAUUUGCAAAUAAAGAAAAAUCUGCAUUAAAUCAUAAAUAUGUGAUUUUGAAGAUACCUCUCAUUCCUGUAGUGAACAGGAAGUUCGGACAUUCCAAAUAAUCAGCAGUCAAUUCAGUGGAAGACGUAAGCGUUCACUGAUAAACCCUUUCCCCACGGUGGCCUCCUGCUGGAGGGGAGGAGGAACUGCAGCCAGCACACAGAAAACCUGACUGGUGGCAAUAAACGAGGCUUGGAGGAUCCGGGAUUCACUGUAGUUGUUUUUAAAUGUCUCUUCAGUUUGGUGACGACGGGACUUUUUGUUGUUUGAGUAACUGAAAUAGUCAGACUCUUCAGCGUUUGGAGGGAUUUUCCUUCCAGGCGUCUGCAGCGUCUGGUUGUUGACAGGUUACUGUGGGAAAGCAGGGGAAGUGAUCGAAGCUGCACCCUUUAGUGAUUAUUUAUAUUGAAUUCUUUUUUUUGUGUGUAUGUUUAUGUUGUUUUUGUGAUUUGAAGAUUAUUGAGUUUGCUGGCGGGGCAACUUUUUUUAAUGAUUGAGUGAAUGAAUGAAUUGUCGGAUGAUUUUAGACUUCAGUUUCAGGUAUUUUUAGGGGGUUUGCUGCUGUAUUGAUUUUGCAUUCUCAAAAAAACAAACUUUGGGUUUGCAUCAACAUUAGACAGAAAGAACGCCGAAGAGAAGAUAAUCUUAGACCAAACGAAUACACAUUGAAGACGGACAGCUAUGUUUACACAAAAUACUGUUUAUAAUGUGCAUGGUGGGUUAAUAUAGCAGCUGAAUAUCCUGUGUAUAUUUAAAUUUUUCAAUUGGAAUUCAUUGUAUAAUAUUUUUAUGUCUUCACCUGCAGAUGCCUUCUGUUGUAGAGGGUUAUCUAUUCUGAUGGGGUUUAUUUUCCCUCAGUGUUGACUUGCAGACUUGCUAUUUACACAGAUUUUAUAAGACUUAAAGUCUCUUUAGUGGAACUCGGUGAUUUAAGAUGGCCUGAUUUAGUCUGCAAGCCGAGACUGAGGGCAAAGAAAGUGAGACACAAAUUCAUGUAUCAGCAGACAAACACACAUACACACACACACACACACACUGAAGAGGUUAAGUUGUGACAGUCAUAAAUAGAGAGGAGAAGGAAGUUCUUGAAAUGUUGCUUGGUUUAAAGGAGCAAAGUGAGAGUUGAGAGGAGGAGGGGGAGGAGGAGGGGUGGAUGGAUGGGUCAAGCAUCAGGUUUGAGUAGGAAAUGAGUCGUUUCAUUCAUUUUUCUUUUAAAUUACAUCAGGUUUAUGGAAAUUCUUUAUUUUCUGUGUGAGGAUGAAAGUCAGAAGAGAAAAAGCCAAGAUGUUGGCAGCUCUUACUUUUCUGUUGAAUUCAAAUCAAAUUAAAACAAUAGUUUCUCUUUGCUAGUGCACACCUGGGAAAAAAAGCCUUAAAUGAAUGAGUUUGAUGCUGACGAGCAGGAUGGUGUAACUGUCAUAUGAAAAACGUGAGAUAUUCAGAGCAGCCUUUUUAAAGGUGCAGUGUGUGUCUUUGUGCACCGGGUGGCAGUAUUAAGACCGUCUUCACAGUUAGUGAAGUUUCAGUUUUCACUUUUAGUUUAUCCGCUGUGGAUUUUUUUCUCGUAGGGAUUGAAAACAACCAACUAGUGACAGAUAGUGGUACUACAACACCAAAUGGAUAGAUGUUUGGCCAUAAACAAACACCAGUUGUUCAGUGUGUGAAAACGAUUCUCAUUACCUAAUGAAGUUUCACAUCCUGGUAGAACCAGAAAUGCAUCGGGUCUAUUUUAAUUUGAAGGAAACUGACUUCCUGUUCUGGCGUAGUUUAAUCGUUUUAAGGUAAAGUUGAAAUUUCCCCACACCUUGAGUUGUGCGUUUACAUCAGUAUGUGUGUGUGUGUGUGUGUGUGUAAAUCUUGAUAUGAAAACAGCACAAGAAAUCUUAAGAUUGUGUAACUAUAUGAAAUAAAGAAAAACAAACGGUGGCGUCUAUUGACCUGUAAAAUGAAAUAAAAUCCACUCUCCUAUUUUUUGUGAGUUCAGCUCACGUCAAAUGGAUCUGCUGUUCUCGGGUAUUUAUUUUUUACUUUCCUCAUUCUCUCUUUUGGUGAGAAGUUUUCUAGAACAAAAUACCAAUAAAUUCUUACCCACUGUGAA